AUGGACCACCAAAACAUUGACAUUGACACUGACAAUGACCAUGAUGCUAUGGUUGUGGUUACCGCGGAAAAGGAUUUAGGCUUCACGACACCAGAAAUACCACUUAACCCAUACACAGUCGAUGAGGAUUCGGAUCUGAAUCCUGCGUCAGACUCUUUCAAUCCAGAGAAAUGUGUGAAGACAAUGUUGCAGUUGGUUUCAAAGGAAGAAUGCCCGGUACGUGUCGCGGGCGUGGCUUUCAAACGCUUGAAUGUGUCCGGCUCGAGUACCAUCACGAACACACAGGCUACCGUUAGCAGCAUUGUCUGGAGAUUUUUCGACCAUAUCAGAUCAUCGAUCAACAAAAGAAACCACCGCGUUCACAUCUUACACAAUCUUGAAGGAUUGAUCCGCCCUGGCGAGCUUCUCGUGGUUCUGGGACGACCUGGCUCAGGAUGCAGUACUUUCCUGAAAACAAUCUGUGGAGAAACACAUGGCAUCACUCUUGAUCCAAACUCCGAGUUCAACUACCAUGGAAUCCCUUUCAAGGAUAUGCAUUCGCAAUUUCAAGGAGAAGUCGUCUACACUGCAGAGCAAGAUGUUCAUUUCCCCCAGCUGUCGGUUGGUGUCACUCUCGAGUUCGCAGCUCUUGCGAGGACACCCCGACAGCCGCCUGGAAAUAUUGAUCGUCGGGCCUGGGCCAAACACAUCCGGGAUGUCUACAUGGCAAUCUUCGGAAUUAGUCACACCGUCAACACCAAGGUCGGGAACGAAUACGUGCGAGGCGUCAGUGGUGGAGAGAGGAAGCGAGUGAGCAUUGCAGAAGCCGCUCUAGGUGGCUCACCAUUUCAGUGUUGGGACAAUAGUACCCGCGGGUUGGAUAGCGUCAACGCAAUUGAGUUCUGCAAGACCCUAAGAAUGACCUCCAGGUUGGUCGGAAUGACCGAGGCCGUUGCGAUCUACCAGGCGCCCCAAACAGCAUACAAUCAAUUUGACAAGGUACAGGUUCUUUAUCAAGGCCGACAGAUAUUCUUUGGUCCUGCAGCUCGGGCUCGUCCUUAUUUCGUGAGAUUAGGGUUUCAUUCUCCCGAGCGCCAAACAACCCCGGAUUUUCUGACCUCCAUGACAAGUCCGACUGAACGCCGUAGCGGACACAACUUCUCAAAGAGAUCGAUGAAUACAACAAUGAUCAUCCACUCGGGGGGGCCCGAUUUUGAAAACUUCCGGAAGUCGAUACGUCUCCAGAAGGCCAAUUUCCAAUCAUCCAAGUCUCCAUUUAUUAUGUCUUACGCCCAGCAAAUCCGUCUUUGUCUAUGGAGAGGCUUUGAACGCGUCCGCGCAGAUCCCGAGCUGCAAAUUACCCAAAUUGUCGGACAAGCUCUCGCAAUGCUCAUAAUCAGUAGCCUUUAUUUCCAAUUGAAGCCGGAUACGGGCGCUUUCUUCUCUCGCGGGUCGCUGAUUUUCUUUGCCACUCUUACGAAUGCUUUCAGCAGCCAGCUAGAGAUGAUGUCUCUCUAUGACCAGCGACCAAUUGUAGAGAAGCAUGCACGUUAUGCCCUCUAUCGCCCCUCCGCCGAAGCGCUCGCAUCAAUGUUGACGGGUCUGCCAUUUAAAUUUCUCAAUUCGAUCCUGUUCAACAUCAUCCUCUACUUCAUGACUGGCCUCAGAUUGACCUCGGGGGCUUUCUUCUUCUUUUUCUUGGUAUCAUUUCUCACAAUGUUGGUCAUGUCAAGCAUGUUUCGAACGGUAGCUUCCGUCUCUCGCACACUGGGUGAGGCAAUAGCACCGGCCACCAUUGCAACAAUAGGCCUAGUUAUCUACUCCGGAUUUCCCAUGCCUACAGAAUAUAUGCAUGGAUGGGCUCGUUGGAUCAACUGGGUUGACCCGAUCGCAUAUGGAUUUGAGGCUUUGAUGAUCAAUGAGUUUCAUGGCCGCAACUUUGACUGUUCAACCUUUAUCCCAACGGGGCCAGGAUAUAGCCAAAACUCUUCGAGCCGUGUUUGCUCAGCGGUGGGUUCGGUUGCUGGACAGACAUGGGUGAGCGGUGACGCUUACCUGGAAUCCUCGUUCCAAUACAGUCACUCCCACAAGUGGCGUAACAUCGGGGUUUUGAUCGCCUUCUGGUUUAUGUUUACUGCCAUGUACCUUGCGGCUACGGAUUUUAUCUCCGCCAAAAAGUCGAAGGGGGAGGUUCUGGUCUUUCCACGACGGAAGAUACCCCAGCAUCUGAGGCUGGCUACGAACGAUGUUGAGAGCGGACAAGGGAAAAGUGAGAAUGAGGGUAUCACCUCCCAACGACUUUCGGAAAACCCCCCAGGUGAUCUCGAGGUCGGAAUUGUUCGACAGACUGCGACAUUCCAAUGGCAAGAUGUCAGCUACGAGAUCGAAAUCUCAGGCAAGCCGCGCCUCAUUCUUGAUCGUGUUGACGGAUGGGUCCGUCCUGGUACAUUAACUGUUCCCACAGCGUUGAUGGGUGUAUCCGGGGCUGGGAAAACAACUCUCCUGGACGUUUUGGCUAGCAGAGUAACCAUGGGUGUCAUAUAUGGCACGGUGCUUGUCAACGGGAAACAAAGAGAUGACUCUUUCCAGCGGAAGACAGGUUACGCUCAGCAACAGGAUCUACACCUGGAGACGUCCACCGUUCGAGAAGCUCUUAAUUUUAGUGCUCUUCUGCGACAGCCCGACCGUUAUUCACGUUCCGAAAAGCUAGCCUACGUUGAUCAAGUCAUUCAACUAUUGGAAAUGGAAGACAUAGCAGAUGCCGUGGUAGGAGUUCCUGGAGAAGGAUUAAAUGUCGAGCAAAGAAAAAGGCUCACUAUAGGAGUGGAACUGGCUGCCAAACCGGAGCUUCUGCUUUUCCUAGAUGAGCCGACGUCGGGUCUUGAUUCGCAAACCUCGUGGGGUGGCAGGACAGUAUAUUUUGGACCGGUCGGUCCGUCUGCAUCAACUCUCCUGGAGUACUUCGAAAGAAAUGGAGGUUACCAAUGCACUGGCGAUGCAAACCCCGCCGAGUAUAUGCUGGAAGUUAUCGGGGCUGCGCCUGGCUCCCAUACGGAUAUUGACUGGCCCGAGGUCUGGAGACAGUCGCCCGAAAGAACUGCUGUGAAGGCUCAGCUCGAGGAAUGGAAAGAUGUUCUGCCAAACCAGGAGCCUCCUUUGAUACUGCAGGGAAAUAGCUCAUACACUGAAUUCGCGACAUCGCUUUCGCUUCAGCUAUUGCAAACGUUGAUACGAAUUUUCCAGCAAUACUGGAGAACGCCAGGUUAUAUCUAUGCUAAGAUCAGCCUCGUAGGAGGUUCGGGAAUUUUUAUUGGCUUCUCGUUUUACAACGAAGCCAAUUCACAGCGCGGCCUGCAAAAUCAGAUGUUCAGCUUGUUCAUGCUUAUGGUCAAUUUCGGCAUGCUCGCUCAACAAGUGAUGCCCCAUCGAAAUGCCCUGGGCACUACUAAGCUCCGUGAUCCUUUUUUCUGCUGGUACUACCCUGUUGGCCUCUAUCAGAACGCAGAACCAACAGAAAGUGUCCAUCUGAGAGGCGCGCAGGCUUUCCUCCUCAUCAUGGAGUUCCUGGCGUUUUCAAGUACCUUUGCACAUUUCGCUAUCUCAGCCAUCCCAAAUGCCGAGACUGCAGGGAAUAUAGCCAAUAUGUGCUUCAAUAUGAGCCUCCUGUUCUGCGGUGUCCUCGCAGGCCCCACAGUUUUCCCGCAUUUCUGGAUCUGGAUGUACCGCAUCUCGCCUUUCAAUUACCUGGUUUCGGGCUUACUUGCUACCUCUGUGUCGGAUACCAAGGUCACCUGCUCGAAUGUGGAGUUUCUGAAUUUUGAGCCCGCAGCUAAAAUGACCUGUGGGGAAUACAUGGCGGAUUUCAUCCAGAAUGCUGGAGGGUAUGUGGAAAUUCCAUCGGCGACGAGUGCUUGUUCUUUCUGCCCGAUGUCAAACACGAACGCUUUUUUGCAGGCUGUUUCCGUUGAACCGCACCAAGUCUGGAGGGACUUCGGGAUACUAUUUGCUUACAUUGUGUUCAAUAUCUGUGCUGCCAUUUUGCUUUACUGGCUUUUCCGCGUGCGGAGCAAGGUGAAGAAAAGCAGCGAGGUGGUUAGCCAGCCUGCUACUCAUGAGAUCAGCCAGGCUGUCAAGAGCCUCGAGAGCCAUGUGAGCUGA